AUGUUCUUCCUCUCAUCCCCACCUCAACCGCCACCCACUCAAUUCCAACCACAGUACUUCGGCGCCAGCAAUAAUCCCUUCGCCUUCCAACAACACGCACCGCUCACGCCCUCUCCGCUGCGAACGUCAUAUAAUGCCAAUCACGGACUGAGGCGCCCUCGACUUUGCGGCUCGAUGUCGAAGAAUGACCAGCAGACAAACUAUGGCGUGGAGAACAAGGCGUUCUCGCUGUCUUCGCCCAUCUCACGGGGAAUACAAGAAGAAGAUUUCGAGAACCUCCCCGAGACCGCACAGGAGAACACAGCCCACCCGUCCGAACACCUGAAGCCAUUCUCCUUCUCUUCGCCCACCCCCACAGCCUCAACCACCUUCUUCACGCCCUCCACGACAGCAGGCCCCACGACCGCAGUCACAGCGCCAACAUCGCGCUACGAAGCCCGCUCACGAGCAAGCACGCCCAAUUCCCUGCUUCAGAACCAUGCGACGACUAGACGAGCAGAUACGCGCGCGAAAUUCCUCGAUCGCAUACGCACGCGCCGUGACGAGGGUUUCGGGCGGGAUGAUAAGCUGUUGAGGGCGGAUUACUUGGAGGAGCGGCGGGCGUGGGAGACGGAGAUGCGGCUUCUAGACAACGGUGCCGGAGUCGAGGUCGAGGAGGAAGAAGAGCUCGAUGAGAACAUGGCUAUGAGCGGUGUCGUUGCCGAUGCGGAGUCUGGCGUUCCCGGUAAAGGCGUUGGUGAGGAGGAAGGGCAGAUGAGCCCGACGGAAGAGAAGGAGAUUGAGGAGUUACUUGAGCUGUGGGAUGGCGAGGGAAACGGCUUUGCAGAUCAAGCGGACGGAGACGGCGAUAGCCAGGAGUGGGAUGAGGUGUUCAUGGAGGUGCUCUCGCAGGAACAACAGCACCAGCAACCACAAACGGCGGCCCAAGAUCCUCGCACCGGCCCAGACGGUGAGGCUGUCGGUGACACGGAUAUGGACCUGUCUUGA